GGUUUCUAAACGCACUCCUGAUGUGAAGUGUGAUAGGUGACAAAUAUUUUUUUAAAGUACAAUGAUAAGGCAAAAUACUACCUCGUUUGUCAUAAAAAGCGUAAAGUACAUGGUUAUUUCUACAUCGAAAAGAAAAAUGUCAACAGAAGUAGAGGAUGUCAUAAUUAAAGACGUCAAAGAUAAAGGAAUCAUUGUAUUAAAUAGACCAAAAGCUUUAAAUGCACUAAAUCUUUCUAUGAUUGAAAAAAUUCAUCCUACUUUAAAAAACUGGGAAUCAAAAAAAGCAUUAGUAAUUGUUAAGGGUACAGGAGAGAAAGCUUUCUGUGCCGGGGGAGAUGUAAGAGCAGUGGUGGAGGCAGGUUUGAAAGGAAGAAAAGAAUUAGGACACGAAUUCUUUAAGAAAGAAUAUUUUACAAACGGAUUAAUUGGUUCCUAUAAGAUUCCAUACAUCGCUAUUAUCGAUGGUAUCGUUAUGGGAGGUGGAGUAGGUUUAUCAGUACAUGGAAAAUACCGGGUGGCUACAGAAAGAACACUUUUUGCAAUGCCUGAAACACAAAUUGGAUUCUUUCCAGACGUUGGAGGAUCCUACUUUUUAUCUAGAUUAACAGGGAAGUUAGGAUUAUAUUUAGCCUUAACAGGACAACGAUUGAAGGGUCCAGAUGUUCUUAAAGCAGGAAUAGCUACUCAUUUAGUCGACAGUAAUAGAUUAAAAGAUUUAGAGGAAGCCAUGCUUAACUGUUCCAAUGAAUCUGACGUACAAGAAACUCUAAACAAAUUUUCCAAACAGGAUACACCCGAAUUUUCUUUGAACAGCGUUAUGGAUAAAAUAAACGAUUAUUUUUGGUUCAGGAACUGUAGAAGAAAUUAUAGCAAAAUUAGAAAAAGAUGAUAGCAAGUGGGCCCAAGAGACUUUAUCUUUAUUACAAAAAAUGUCGCCUACCAGCCUUAAAGUUUCAAUGAAAGAGUUAGAUUUGGGAAAAUCUUAUAACUUGCAAGAUUGUUUAAAAAUGGAGUACAACAUGUGCGUGAAUUUUAUGAAAAACAAAGAUUUUUACGAGGGCGUGAGGGCCUUGUUAAUAGAUAAAGAUCAGAAACCAGCUUGGAAACCUUCGAAAUUGGAAGAAGUUUCGGAAAACAUUGUUAAUGAAUAUUUCACUAAUUUGCCAAAGUUAAAGAAUUUAAUGUAAUUUAUGUUUAGACAAAUUUGAUAUUAUUUAUGUUUAAACGAAUUUAUUUUUUCAUAUUUUUUUAUAAAUUAAAAUUGUUGUGUUUCU